UUUCUAUCUUACGUUGAAGUUUUAAUUGGAAUAAAUCUCAACUUUAAAAAAAGUUUUAUAUGAUAUAGCACUUUUACACUUCUUUCUUUCUUUUAAAAAAAGUUGAAUUAUAUUGUUUAAGAAAUAUGAAUUGAAAAAUAAUGUUUCCUUGGUUGUAAAACAACGCCCAUAUAUCAAUUACUGUAAUUUAUAUUGAUUAAAAUACAAUUUAAUAAAUCAUUAUCCAUGCUAGCGAGGACCACACUCGGAUAAACAACUGUAUUCCAAAAUGAUAAUGGCCAAUUUCUAUUCUCGUUGUCGUGCAAUAUUCAUGAAUGAUUUUCUCGAUAUGACCAUUCAGUUUUCGAUUGUCACAUUUACUUUUAUGCGUGUGCAUGUAAUAUGUAUAGAAGUAUAAUGUUGUUAAUUACUUCAAAAUCCCAACGGAAGUAGUCUAAAUGACCUUACGGAACAUAGAUAAGUAUAAUAACUAUAGGGUACAUGUACAUUCAUUUGCACAAAACCAGCAAUAUUUAAGUAACAUUGAGUUAGUGACUACUUCCAAAGGUUAUUAUAACUGACCAUAGUCUAUAUAGCUAUUAAUUAUUGUCUUACAUAAAUAGUGUGACGUUUUAGUGAUAGAUCCUGAAAAAAAAUGUAAUUUUUAGAAAAAUUUUAAAAAGGUAUUAAUGGAACUAAUUACUGAUUUAAAGAAAACAAUUCAAUAUAAAAAAAAAUUAUAAGCUCGCAUUUGGUAAAAUUAUAGCACGGUUACAUGGAAGAGCAAAUUAAAUCUACAAUGCAAUUUUUUUUUUUACAUUCUUAGAUUAACUAUAUUAAUCAAUCAAUGUUUUAUUGCUCAAAAUUUUAUUUUAACAUUAUACAUGUAGCCAGUGCAGAUGAAUAUUACAACAAAUUUAAAGACACUACUUACUCUUUGUGUUACGCUUAUUUCUUUUAAGUGUUCACAGAAAAGUAAACGGUAUGUAGGAAUAACCCACACUUUCGAGAUAAAAAACAUGCAUUUUUCGCAUAAAUUUUGUAAUUUUUACACGAACUUUCUUUCAUCAAAUUCCUAGAAUUGAUAUUAUACAGAUAUAUGAAAGAAUUCCAAGAAUAAGGGAAGUAAUUCUUCAUCACAUUUUUGUUCAUUUUAAAAAGAAAGUAGGGUGUAUGUACAUGGAACGACAAUUCAGAAAAAGAAUGCAGUCGUCAAAGAGCACUGAAGUGGAACCCAAGGAGAGUGAUGAAACAAAACUAAUAGAAGGGACCAAGAGAAGGGAACUGAAAUGGCAUAUGUGCCGUCUGUGUUUAGCAUGCAAGCUUACAUGCAUUGGAUGGGUAAUUUUGGCAUACUAUGUAUGUGUGGAAAAAUGGUUUUGCAAAGAAUUAGAAAAUCCGAGUUUUGAGUUUAACGUAACAAUGUUGACGCUUAAUAGUGUUUGUGUGGUCUUUGGAGCUGCAUAUUUCUGUAGCAUUGUUCUGUAUAUCAUCGAAAAGAGGAGACAUAAUCAAGACAAGUAUAUGCUUGAAUUUACAAAUGAUCAUAAAUAUAAUAUUAAAAGAUUUAAGAACGAAAACGAUAAGGAAAUCAGAUUGUCCGAAUUCCAGUCUGAACUUGAUCAACUGAAAGAAGAACUUCGCAUGAAAGAUGACACGUUGAAGAGAGAGCAACUGCAUUUGGAACAAAGAAUCGAAGAGGAGAAAGUUGCAAGGCAAACGGCAGAAGCAAGAUUUGAAAUGGAGAGAACAGAGAAGGAAAAAGCAUUAACAAGAUUAAGUGCUUACGCUGGAGAAAAAUUGAGAUUGAACAACCCAGGAUUGGCUGACUUAUCUGAUGAAAAUCGUCCAAACAAACUAGCCGAAAAAUUUAGUGAGCUUUAUGACAAUGAUUGGACGGAUGCCCUAGAAUCUUUAGCAGACACGAACCAAACCGAGGAAUCCCAAACUCAAGAGCUUUUACAUAUGCUUCAGGAUAUCUAUGAUUGUUGCUUGGAGUUUGCUGAGCGACAAAGAACAAGAUUUAUCCUGGAUAUUACUAAACCUUCUACAUUGAAAGAUGAACCACUGGACACAGAUGUACCAGGGAGAAUUCUGUCAAAAGUGAUUGAUCUUCAAAAGCAGACGGCAUCCGAUGCCAUUGCCGAUAUUAGAAACUAUGUUUUGGCUAAAAAGGAAAACUUCACAAACAACACAUCUAUGCAAAAAUACUUAGAUCGCUGUACAGAGUAUUGUUGGAUAAUGGCUAUACAGGAUCCGCCAAUGAUGCUCGACUUUAGUCCGGCACAAAAUGAGGAGUUUGAUAAAGAAAUUUUUAGAUGUUAUACAAGAAAUGGAGAGAAUGUGGAAUUCGUGGUUUGGCCAGCAGUGUUUUUGUACAAGGAUGGUCCCUUAGUUACCAAGGGUGUUCUUCAACCAAUCGCAAAAUAAUUGUACCCUUUAUUGAACAUUAUAAAAUAUGAUAUUCUAGUAAAUCAUCGUUUUACAAAAUAUUUUAAAAAAUACGUCAAAACUAUUCAGUAAAAAGCCCCCUCCCCCCAAAAAACCCCAAAAACUCACAAUUAUCAAAAAUUGGAGAAGAUUAUAAAGAAAUGAAUGUGUAAUCUACAUAUUUAUUAAAGUAGGUUCCACAUUCAUUGACAUGUCAACGCAUCUUAUUAUUGGUGAUUUGUUUAUGUACAAACGACAAUGCGACAAUAUGUAUUGAUAAAUUUUUUUAAAACUACUAGACUUUGACCCGUGCUUGCACGGGCUGCAUUUGAUAUCGGACAUUUACGAAAUAGAUAUCGACACACCGUAUUGUUGACAUUUACGUAACCAAGCUUUAAGCCUAUAAUAAUGCUAUCAUAAUUUCACUACACUCUGCUUCGUUAGAAUAAUCUAACUGUGUCUCGUAACAGGCCCUCCCACGGUUAAAAUGCCUCCCAUAUACCCGUAAUGUAGCAAAAAAUUGCAGAAUCGCUCCGAAACCAUUUUGGGGGAAAAUAAUGAAACUGCAUUGAAAAUAACAGUCAAAUUAUUCAUAACAAACCAUUUUGGGUCUGUAAAAUACCUUUCAUCUAAAAAUUUAAUUCAUAUUAAUGAAGAAUUCAACACUUUUUCACCAACAUUUUUUACUCGCUUCAAAUUUACACACCAUGCUGACAUUUGGAACUUUGGAAUGCACUGCAAUGUAAGAGUUAUCUCCCUAUUUUCUUUGAUGAACAGAAUAUAUAGCAAAUUUUCAAUGAAAAUUUACACAUAUUUCUUUUAUCGUUUCUGAGUUUAUCCGUGCAAAUGUGAUAUUGUGAAAACAUAACCUCCCGGAAUUUAGCGUGAAUGUAUUGCGCAUGCGCAAGAUUGUAAAAUCCAAAAAAUCCAAAUGAUUUCCGGAUUUUUAAAAUGAAUUUUCGUUGAUUAUUAAUUAGCGAAGCCUUAUUGAGAAAAAAUAAAAACAAAUUGGUAAUCUUCAAGUACCAAUGAUGUUUAAAAUAUAUAAAACAGAAGAUGGUACUCUUCCAAUUUCUCGGUAUUAAAGCCCAAAAAUUGGAGUCUAUUGUUUUAAUAUAGUAGUAUAGAUUUGAUAAUGUUUAUCAAAUGUUUGUCAGGCAUUAAUAAUGUGGGAGUAAAAUGGAACGUUUUUGCCGAGGAUUUAACUGAUUUGUGAAAUUUAAAAUAAUUUUUUCGUAACUUUCAUUUUCAAUAAUUUGGAUGGAUCUAAUCGAUUUUGGUGAUCACCAAACCUUAAAAGAGCUAUGCUCUAGAAUGUCAAUACAAAGUCUUACCGUUUUUUUUAACCAAAAUCCAAUGAUAAAACAGGGAAGUGUCUGUCAGUGCCCUAUUCCAGCUGUCAGUUGUACAUUAUUAGAUCGACUUUAUGAAAUUUACAUUCAUAACAAUAUGCAUAACUGCACAUACAUAACCACUGACAUAUGAUUCAAUAAAUAUAAGAUUCAUUUUACGUAACUAUCGCAAACACAACUUUGAAGAGUACUUGCAACUGUACAAGAUCUAGCUUUUUUAACUUCCAGGUAUCGAAUCGUGUGUUUUAGCAUGUUAUGUUUAAUUUUGUGUUUUAUGAAGUAUAUUUUUUAAAGCUAGAGUAAACGUAUUUCAUUUUAAAAAUAAAGAUUGUUGAUAUUACUAAUUCACAUGAUAUUGUCACUGAAAGACGCUUACAUCGAAGAGGGUCAUAUUCUAAGCCUGUUGUUGGUUUUUUGUUUUCGUUUUUUUUUUCUGAGGACGUGUAAGCCUAAUUGUCGGACUUGCAAUUCUUGUUCGGGAUUUUUUCAGAAUCAUUUGUUAAUCAAUGCAAGCAAUCGCAAUAAAAUUUAAAAAAGUGAAGACUCAACAGUCAACGCCUAUAAAUUUUUUAUUUAAAACAAUUUACAUUAAUGAUAAUAUAAUAUAAAAUACAUUGCUAAAGCUAUAAAUAUAUACUAAGUACAUGUACAUAUAUUUUCAAUUUAACGUGAAUACAAAUUUAUAUUUUUGCAU